AUGAAGGAUCGGCUGGGUGUUGGACGUAAACGACGUUAUUCCCGCAACAGGUUUCCCAAACGAGAUGAUGCCGCCAGCAAUGACGACAACACCAUCCCCCUGACUAGCGUCUCCAGUACAGGCCAUGCUGGGAUUCGAACGGUCCAAUCCAACAAUGGCUCCUCUUCAUCUUAUGUCCCGCCCACCGACCUUCCUGCCAACGGCGACAAAGACAAAGACAAAGACAACGACAACGACGAGAACGAGAACGAGAACGAGAAGGAAGGGAUAUUCCAUCACAAACCGGGCGGGCGGAGGAUGCUCUUGUCAGAUGGGAAGCAGAUGGACUCCUCCGAGGAUGGCACCCUUACCCGCAUGGGAGAGCUGUACAAUAAAAUCCUGAACUACUCGGUCAUUACGCGGUACUUUAUCUAUGUUUUGCCUCUGGCGUUGCUCAUUGCCAUCCCGAUCAUUGUCGGGGCUACCAUCGCCCAGAAUGCAGCCAUCGGCGGGGUGCGCAUUGUAUGGUUCUUCACCUGGGUGGAAGUUGUCUGGUUGAGCUUGUGGGGGUCGAAGAUCGUUGCACACUACGUCCCCUAUGUGUUUCAGUUCCUGGUUGGCAUCGUGAGUUCGGGGACGAGAAAGUAUGCCCUCCUCUUGCGAGCGUUGGAGAUUCCGUUUUCUCUCAUCGGCUGGUCUGUGACCUCCCUUGCCACUUUUAUUCCGUUGAUGACGCGAAACCCCACCAAUCAAGCCUCCGGCGACACACAAAUCAAGUACUGGCAGAAUGUAGUCAGGAAUAUCCUGUUUGCCGCGUUUGUCUCGACCUUGAUCUUGGCUGCGGAGAAGAUCCUCAUUCAAUUGAUAUCUAUCGGCUACCACCGACGACAGUUCGAUACCAGGAUCAAAGAGUCCAAGCGGAACAUCGCCCUCCUGACGAUGCUCUACAAGGCGUCACGGAACCUUUUUCCUGCGUAUUGUGCGGAGUUUGAAGACGAGGACUAUGCAAUCCAAGAUUCCGUAGUUGGCGUCAUGAAGCUUCCCCGUGGCCACAAGCGGUGUGGAUCCACUACUCCGAUGCGUCUGAUUCAGGGCGUGAGCCGAGUCGGGGACAAGAUUACAGCUGCAUUCGGCAAUGUCGCCCAGGAGAUCACGGGAAAGCAGGUCUUCAAUCCCACGUCGGCCCAUUCGGUCGUGACCCUGGCGCUGGAAAAACGCAAGGCGACAGAAGCACUUGCACGACGUAUGUGGAUGUCCUUCGUUCUCCAGGGGCGAGAGAGCCUUUACGUAGAGGAUAUUAUCGAGGUUCUUGGUGCCGACCGUGAAGAAGAUGCGAAAGAAUGCUUCGCCAUGCUGGAUCACGAUGGCAAUGGUGAUGUCAGCCUGGAAGAGAUGAUCCUUACGCUGACGGAGAUCCGUAGAGUGAAGAAAUCCAUCAACAACAGCUUGCACGACGUUGACCAGGCAAUUAAUGUCCUCGACAACCUUUUGUGUGUGAUUGUCCUCAUCAUGGUGGUCCUGGUUUUCAUUGCGUUUCUUAACACUGGAUUCGGAACCACGCUCGCGGCCGGCGCAACUGCGCUUCUCUCUCUGUCCUUCGUCUUUGCCACAACCGCCCAGGAGGUCCUGGGUAGCACGAUUUUCCUCUUCGUAAAGCACGCAAUGGACGUGGGAGACCGGGUCGAUAUUGGAGAUCGUCAGCUAGUUGUGGAACGGAUCUCUCUCCUCUACACCGUUUUCAGGGGCGCUCGAGAUUACAAGACGUUCCAAGUACCAAACAUUAUUUUGAACACCCAGUGGAUUGAGAAUAUCACUCGCUCAAAGGCCAUGCGCGAGCAGAUCACGCUCACGGUGGAUUUUGGCACCUCCUUCGCAGACAUCCAGCUGCUGAAGGCCGAGCUGCAGAAAUUCGUCCGUGACAAGGAAAACUCCCGCGACUUCCACCCAGACGUUGACAUUGAGGUCGUCGACCUUGGCAACAUGAACAAACUCGAGCUCAGAGUUGAAAUCCGCCAUAAGUCCAACUGGUCCCACGAGACCAUCCGGGCCACCCGCCGGUCGAAGUUCAUGUGUGCAGUGGUCCUUGCUGCCCGCAAGAUCCCCAUCUACGGGCCUGGCGGCGGCGACGCCGCGCUGGGCGACGUUACAAGGCCGUCAUACUCCGUCGCGAUAUCCCACGAGCAGGCGCAGGCGAACAAGGAUGAGUGGGCCAAGGGAAAGGAGGAGGCGCGGAUGAUUCCAACAUCUGAGAUGGAUGACUACCUCGCACGCACCGGUAAGCUGGACGGGUCUGAAGCACUCUCCCCCGCCGCUGCCACCGCAGUAGUGGAUGGCGGGUCGCUCAAUGCCACGCUCCUUUACCGCGGCGCUUCAACCCGAUCCGCGAAGAAGGACACGGAAGCAUCCGUCGUCCGCGCCCUGCAUUCCCGAUCCGCAGCCACGGACCAGCCGCGCAUCGACGUAUCCAACAUCCCCCACGACUACAGCAAGCUCUCUUCACACAACCCCAACGGGACAGGCACCGGCACAGCCGCAGGCGACAUUAGCAGCAGUCGAACCUCCAACCCGCCAGGCCCCCUCAUCACCCGCGAGCCAUCCACAGGCCGACGCACAGGCGCGCACACGACCAGAUUCCACUCGCCCACCACGCCCGUCAUCCACGAGAAAGACGGGGCCCCCGGCGCCGUGCCCUCGAUCCCAAGCCAUCUCCUCCCACCCCCCGUCGCCACCACCACAACGACAUCCGCCCACGAGUACUUCGAGCUAACAGAUCGCCAUCCAGACCCCGGCGCGGGCGGCCGGGACUCGUAUCAUCAUCAUCAGCAUCACCCGCAUCACCCGCCUUCCAACGGCGGUAAUAAUAGUAACAAUCCAUACAUCCCGCGCUCACCGCCGUCGACCUCUUCCAGCUCUACAAUCCAAUCGCAGAUUCCUCGGCCUCCUGCGCCUGCUGCCGGCACUGCUUACCAUGGCGCGGCUGGUAAUCCGCCUGGGGGAUCGAGCUCGGGAAGAUAG